AUGGUGGACCGGUGCGGUGAGGAGGGGCUGGUACCCCUGAGCCAGAUCGCCAACGACUAUUUUGAUGCCACCGCACCGCGCGUGACGGGUCCAACCAGCUUCGCGGGAGGGUUGCGGCCCCUUCAGCCCCCGGCCGCCCGCACACCUCCCACUGUCCCUCCCCCCCGCCAUGGUAAGCUCUUCAACGACCCGGUGCACUCCGCCUUCCGCCUCGGACCUGCCUGCACCGACAUCAUAGACUCGCGGCAGUUUCAGAGACUGCGGCGCCUGAAGCAGCUGGGCCUGACCUACCAUGUGUACCCCGGCGCCUGCCACAACCGCUUCGAGCACAGCCUGGGCGUCGCCCACCUCGCCUACCGCUUUGCCCGCCACAUCCAGACCAUCCAGGGCGACGAGCUGGAUGUGGAGCAGCGGGACCUGCGCAUUGUGGAGCUGGCGGGCCUGUGCCAUGAUCUGGGUCAUGGACCCUUCAGCCACGUGUUUGACCGCGGGUUUCUGGCGGCCAAGGGCAUCACCGACUGGGACCACGAGGCCAUGUCUGGCGCCAUGCUGGACCACAUCAUCGACACCAAGCACCUGGACACCAUCCCCGCCGAGGACGUGCGCAGCGUGCAGAGCAUGAUCACGGCCGCGCAUGGCGGGGUUGGAGCAGGGGCCGCGCCGCGCCGCGAGAAGCUUUGGUUGCACGAGAUCGUGGCCAAUGGCCGCAACAGCAUCGAUGUGGACAAGUUCGACUACCUGGCCAGGGACUCCCUGUACUGCGGGGUGAAGCUGUCCUACGACUUCAACCGGGUCAUGCAGUUCAGCAAGGUCAUCGAUGAUGAGAUCUGCUACCGCUACUCGGAGUACAUGAACCUGCAUGAGCUGUUCCACUCCCGGGCCAUCAUGCACCGCCAAGUCUACACCCACAAGAAGGCCAAGGCAAUCGAACUCAUGGUCGUGGAUGCGCUGCUGGAGAGCGACGCCGCCCUGAAGCUCUCCGACCGGAUCUGGGACCCCGCAGAAUUCAGCCUCAUGGACGACUCCAUCUUGGACUGGGUGGAGAACUACCGGCUCUUCGGAAACCUGUUCACCGUGGAGGACGAGAACAUUUGUGCCAUCGAGAGGGCGCAGGCCCUGAUCGACCGCCUGCGUCGACGAGACCUCUACAAAUUCUGCAACGAGGCUCUCAUCCCAGCUGAGGAUGUUGAGCGGGGCCAGUGGGUCCCCCCCACCGCGGCAGACGUGGUGAACUCGUAUCGUGGCUCGGGUGUGCGCAUGCGGCCGGAGGACAUAGUCGUCCAGGAGAACCGGAUCAACUUCUCCAUGCGCAAUCUGAAUCCGUUGGACAGCGUCCACUUCUUCGACUCCCUGGAGUCCACGCAGAAACGGGUGCUGCGGACCAACCAGAUCAGCUCCAUGGUCGCCCCUGUCUUCCAGGAAAACACACUCCGUGUCUACUCCAAGAACAGUGCGCCGGAGGUGGUGCAGGCGGUGCAGGAUGCUUAUGACGCCUGGCUGGUGAAGCGAUUUGGGGGCAAGGUGCAGACACUUACGCCCUCCAAGGCACCCCGACCCGCCCGAUGCGACACGGCACCCUCCGAGGACCUGCACCCAGCCGUUAAGAGGUUGCGGGCAGACUUUGAGAGCCCCACACUUUGA